GAGGGGGGAGAGCGGCCUCCCGCCUCAGGGAGCCUGUGGGACCGGCUCCCCGCGGGUCACGCUGGGGCGGGAGGCUCCGUCCACCGCCUCGCAGGCGGGGUCUCCGGUAACGGGGGCUCCCCGGAGCAGGCGCCCCGGGAGCGGCUAGUUCUGGGCAGAAUUGGGGUCUUUUUGGACAACUGAAGUGUGAAAAAAAGCAGUGGGAGGCUGUGGUUACCGCACUCGGUGCUUGGGCUCUUGAGAUACAGCCAGAAUUUUUUGUUCACAUGGCAGCAGCAAACUCUACUCCACCUGGCUCUUUGGAUCUAAACCAGCCUGGGUUUGCAAAGGAGAUCCUGGGAACUAAGCUGGAGGUCAAAUACCUCUGCUCAGAUUGCAAGAAUAUACUGAGGAGGCCUUUUCAAGCUCAGUGUGGACAUCGCUACUGUUCCUAUUGUCUGAAGAAAAUUAUAAGUGCUGGACCUCAGAAGUGUGCCAGCUGUAUUCAGGAAGGAAUAUAUGAAGAAGGAAUUUCUAUUUUGGAAACAAGCUCAGCUUUCCCAGACAACGCAGCUCGCCGGGAGGUGGAGAGUCUGCCCGCAGUCUGCAUUAACAGUGGCUGCACUUGGAAGGGGACUAUUAAAGAGUAUGAGGCUCAUGACGAAGUCUGCCCGGAGUUCCCGCUGACGUGCGAAGGCUGUGGGAAGAAGGUUCCCAGGGAGAAGUUUCGGGACCAUGUGAAGACUUGUGGCAGAUCUAAAGUGCCUUGCAGAUUUGAGGUUGUCGGAUGUGCUGAGGUGGUGGAAAAUGAAAAGCUACCAGAACAUGAAAGCAAGUGUCUGGCGGAGCAUCUCUAUAUGCUGCUGAGUUUUGUGCUCAGCCUCAAGGCUGGGUCUGGAGACCUGAAGCCCCUUCCUACCCUUUCCUCAUCACAAAACAACUCCACGCUCCUGCCAGCAAACGCUCUGUGCUCGGAGUCAGAGCUCUCCAGGUCCCUGGAGCUCUUGGGAAGGUGUGAGGCCCUUGAGAGGAAAACGGUGACCUUUGAGAACAUUGUCUGCGUGCUCAAUCGGGAGGUGGAAAGAGUGUCUCUAACAGCCGAAGCCUACAGUCGGCAACAUCGACUAGACCAGGAGAAAAUUGAAACACUGAGUAACAAGGUCCGGCAGCUGGAACGGAGCAUUGGGCUCAAAGAUCUGGCCAUGGCCGAGAUGGAGGAAAAGAUCCGCAGCAUGGAAGCAUCCACCUACGAUGGUGUUUUCAUCUGGAAAAUAACCGAAUUUGCCAGGAAGCGUCAGGAUGCAAUCACAGGCCGCUCUCCUGCAAUCUUCUCUCCAGCUUUCUACACAAGCAAGUAUGGCUACAAGAUGUGUCUGCGCGUUUACCUGAAUGGGGACGGCACCGGGCGUGGGACCCAUCUGUCCCUGUUCUUUGUGGUGAUGAAAGGACCCAAUGACGCGCUUCUGCGGUGGCCCUUCAACCAGAAGGUAACCCUCAUGCUCCUGGAUCAGAACAACCGGGAGCACAUCAUCGAUGCCUUCCGACCCGACGUGACCUCCUCCUCCUUCCAGCGACCCAUCACGGAAAUGAACAUUGCCAGCGGCUGCCCGCUGUUCUGCCCCGUCUCUGUGAUGGAAGCCAAGAACUCCUACGUGCGUGAUGACGCCAUCUUUAUUAAAGCCAUCGUUGAUCUCACAGGCCUCUAACCCUCCUGGCCUCCGGGAGCAAUGAACGCAGAGCCAGCCCCGAGUGGGGCAUCCCCGUCUUGUGCUGCACCUCAGGCAGCGCUUGGAGCAAGGAGGGGGCAAAAAGCGGAGGGGGAAAAGCCCUUCCCAAAAAGGGACCUUCACUCUGAGUGGAAACGAGGUGUCUGAUGGGAACCCUCUUCCCUGGUGUCAGAGAGACCUUCCCUGAGAAGAGGUUUGGGUGGACGUUUGCAGUCUGUGGGGACAAGAAGAUCUGCAGGGACUUGGGUGUCUGAACUACUGCUGUCUGGGCUCCCAGUGGAAACCAGUGCAGCUCUUGCUCUACCAGUUUAGUGCCCAUCCGCAGUGCUGUGUAGUAAAACAAGGGUUUGGCCUGCCCGAGCACCACCUCAUGUGGAUGUUUGGCUCAGCUGACGAGGAUUUUCUUCAGAGAUCUGUGUUCUGGAAGUUUUGUGUGUGCAGUGGCACCGUUGCUCUGGGCUGCUCUGUGCCCGGUGGCCAGGCAGAGUGUGUUUUGCUGCUGUUUUGCUGCUGUCUGCAGCGAGUGCAGCUGAACCCAGCGGUGCGGCAGGCGGGGAGCGUACCCCGCCUCUGAGCUCUGCUGGGUGUUUGCUGGGUGUUUAGUGCCCUGAGCAGCAUGGGACAGGGCAGGCAGUGCCUGCUGCCGGGGAGGGAGCGUGGGGCAGCACCAGGGAUGCCCAAAGUGAAAGAGGAGUUAAUUUUCCCUGGAGUCUGUCCAUCCUGUCCUGGGAGAAGAGGGUGAUGCAGGGCUCAGUGCAGGACUUGAGCCUCCUGAGCCCUGGGAGCCCGGGUGGAUUUUUAGCCAGACCCUGUCAUUCUCUGCUUCCCGUGCCUGAGCAGGGCAGGGGCAGUGCUGGAACCUGGCUUUACUUGCAGAUGGAUGCUCCUGACCUGGCUUUCAGUCCCAUCUUGGUGGCUGCAGCAGCACAGACACACCAGCCUUCUCAGGUGCCAUUCUCCAGCUCCGCUGCCACCAUCCAUCCACGUGGGCACUGUCACCCCUGCGGCUGUGGCACUGAUGGACGAGGCAUGUGUCUUGUCCACCUGUGUGGUGGGUGGCUGCUGCCCAGCCCCUGCCCUCCCCGGGCUCUGCCUUGCCCAUGAGCAGCAGCUUUCCCCUCUCCUUCCCUGGGCGCUGGGAGCAGCGUGACGCCAGUUCCCAGUGACUGCACACCAGAGCGUGCUCUGCUCAGCCCCUCGCUGAGCCUGCAGCCACCUGGGUAGGACCUGGCGUGGCUGAUGAAGUCCCUGAGUGAAGCUUGCUGUCUCCUUUUGUCUGGCUCCUGGCACUGCUCCCUUCCGGGCAGCAAGUGUUCAGCGCCCGUGAGAAGGUCUCUUGUGUUUGUGGAGACAGACAUGCUGCCCCGUGCCUGCCCUGGGGCUGGCUGGGCCCUCUGCAUUUGUUCGUGGUGGCCAUGAGGAGCUCUGGGCAGGCCUGUGGCUGGGCUCUGAGACUGCUCUCAGACUUCUCUGCCCAGGCUCCCCUCACUCCUGUCAGUGUCUGAAUGUGCCCCAGGAGAGGUUUUGUUGGUCACAAGAGCCCACCUUGCAGUAGUAGUCCAGGAGCCAGCCAGAGGGGUGGGCAGCAAGACUGGAGGGGGGGGGUCACCCUCUUCUUCCUCAUGGCUGCUGUGGAGGAAGGCCCAAAGCCCCUCUCUGCCAGCAGCUCCCUGCCUGGUGCCCAGCCUGAUGGACACAGAGCCCCCUGUGCUCAUGUUCUGCUUCCACCUCUGCUCCGGGCUGGCCACCCCCCGUGGGGCCAUGGUCAGUGGAGAUGGGCUGUCACCUGGAGAGUCCCCCUGUGCAGUACCCACUGCCCUGACUGCUCCUGGGCUGGGUCGGGGGGUCCCUACUGCUGCCAGAGGAGCUCGGGGCGGGUCCCUGUUGUGCUUCUUCAGGCUGGCAGGUAGCUGAGCUGAACCUCCUGCACCCAAAGGUGCUGUGCUGGCUGGGGGGCUCUCCCUGGCAGUGCCAGCACGGUGGGGAGUCAGUGCAGCAGCUGGGGGGGGCGGGAGCCCUCCUGCCACGGCUGCUGUGAUGCAAGGGCUGGGGUACUUCCAAAAGUAGAGGGGCAGGAGGUGCAUGUCCCUGGCAGCGACGUGGGGCCGGCAGUUGCCUGCGCCCUGCCGUGCCGCGAGACCCCCAGGAGCCCUGGGCUCUUCUCAGAGGUGGGAGAGGGGCAGCAGGACCCUUCAUUUGAGCCCCCUUCCAGCCUGGCCUGGGGGAGAGAUUGCCCCUGUGUUGCCGCUCUUGUGCUGUAUUUUAGGAGGAAACAAAAAGCCUGGCAGAGCCCCAGCCCUGCUCCCACCCGUAGCAGUGCUUCCUCAGCGAGCUCCUGGCUCCACAGAGACUGGGAAGAGGGAGAGCAACCAGCUCUGCUCAUGUAGCCAUUGGGAAUUAAGGGUGUGAGAUGGGGAGAUGAGGCUUGAUCUGAAUUGGUGUAAAUGUCUUUGCUCUGGGAGUGCUGGACACCCAGGUGCCUGCAGCAGGGCCUGGGGGGUCUGGCCAAGGGGUGCUGGGCAUGACUGGGGAUGCCAGGUCUGCUGGAGGGGUGUCUGGGCUGUUUUGGGGGGAUGGGUGAUGGUCCUGCUGCCCCAGCGGGUGCCUGAAGGUCCAUGCUGCAAGCAGAAGUCAGGCUGAGCUUUUCCCACCUGUGAGGGGACACGGAGUGGGACACAGCAGGGGUGACAAGGGCACGGCAGGGCAGCCGCUGUGACAGGAGCCUGUAGGAGCUGCAGUGUUUCCUCUCCCUCACCCGUGGCUGAAAAGAGGCGGAUCCGGUGCUGGUAACACUUUCUGGUCCUUUUCCACUUUUUGGAAGCUCUGGUACAUGCAGUGGCAGCUGUUGCUUGUAUCCCUCGCACAGCUACGGGCAGGGGUACGGCACCUCCCCGGGCACAGCUCUGCCGUCCUGGCUGGCACAUGGACACUUGGCAUAAGCUACUGCUGGAAUUUUUGUAGUUUUGUUUGGGGUUUUUUGGUGGUAUUUUUCUUUUUUCUUCUUUUUUUUUCCUUUUUCACCACAGCUGUUGGAGAACACCCAUUGCCACCUGGCACUGUGAAGUAAGUUGUUUGUUUUGGUUUUUUUACUUUGAGGAUGUAAUAUGGUCAAAAGCACUAAUAAAAGCAGUUGGAUGAGCGUC